AUGGAGCUCGAACUGGGUCUUGCACUUCCAAACCAGACUCCCAUGAAAGCAGUUUCCAAACUAAAACAGAAGUGUAAAUUUGCAGAAGCUGACGGAAUUGAAAAUAAGAAAUUGUGUUUGCUUUUAUGGAGUGGGCAGCCAAACGGGGAAGAAGAUGAUCGCAGGAGACUGACAAGUAGCACAGACAAUAAGAAGUGUAAUGAUGAAGAAAAUAAAAUAGUGGGUUGGCCACCUAUCAACUCACUGAGGAAAGAAAUGCUCCACCAGUAUCACGGUGGCAAUAACAAUGGAAUAAGAAACAGGCAGAGCUUGUACGUGAAGGUGAAGAUGGAGGGUGUUGCCAUUGGACGCAAGAUUGAUUUAACGCUUUUUAAUUCUUACCAACCCUUAAAACGCACCUUGUUCAACAUGUUUAGCAAAUACUUGAAAAUCGACAGAAAUUGCUCUGAAUACACAAUCUUUUAUCAAGACAAAGAAGGAAACUGGCUGCUUGCAGGAGAUGUUCCAUGGGAAACAUUUAUGGAGUCUGUGCAACGUAUGGAGAUGCUAAGGAAUGACAGUUAA